AUGGGUAAACGCAAAUCCGAAGUAGACGUGGACGAGAUGGAGAGGAAGAUGCAGAAGCUACAGGAGCAAAUCGACACUCUGCGUCGAGAGCGAGAAUCAAAUGCAAAUGAGAGCGAGGACGGCAAUUCGGAGAGUGACUCUGAGGAUGACGGGGAUGAUAAAGAAAACGGUGACACUGGGAAGAAGGACGCGGAGGAAAACUCAAAAACAACAUCGAGCAGAAUCGAUGCUAUGGGCAAAGACCCGACAAUCUCCGACAAGAUCGAUGUACCUAUUAAUGAGCAUAUGGAAAAACUGUGGAACAAUUGGGCUCACGAGGGACUUGAUACUACAACCUUAGAAUUUUUACUUGAGCAAUAUAAGCUGCCUGAAUUCAUUGUCACGCCGGAAAUAAAUCCGGAAAUAACAGAAGUUAUGGAAGCGAACGCCAUCAGACGCGACAAAUUCAUGAAACAAGCGCAAGACUUGACUGCUAACACUAUUAUUACCACUGGCUCAUCCUUAGUGGUGUUGAUGGACGACGAUGUAGCUCUCGAAGAGGAGACAAGGCUCAACAUGAUUAAUAUGAUAUCAGAAUCGAUUCAGCUGCAAUGUCAACUAUUUUAUGAACAGUCUCAGUCACGAAGAGCUCUGAUCAUAACAUCUAUCAGAGACUCGUCCAUGAAAGCUAUGCUAGCUAAACAAAAAGUGGAUAAAUUCCUAUUCGGCGAAGACCUGCCAAGCAAAUUCAAGACACUUAAAACAUCCUUACCGAAACAACCAACCGUGGUCAGGCCAAGGCCAAUCGCAGGAUCGCUGGCAGUACAAAAACAAGCCCCAAUUCUACAAUCGAGUGAGCCAAGCGAGGAAGAACACCCAACAUCAAGCAGGAAGGAGAAAACCAAUGACGCAGAAGAAUUAAUCCCACAGUGUGUUCAGGGAUACAAAAUCCCAUUUAAUGAACCAGUAAAACAAACACGUAAGCCCAAAAUAGUGUUCGCGUCCAACGCAGAAACAUCACAAUGUGAGAAAGCGAUCAACGCUCUGCUAAGUAAAGGAGCGAUCAAGAAAUGCGAGUACACGGAGAAUCAAUUCUUGUCCUCAUAUUUCUUGAGACCCAAGCCGGAUGGGAACCAUUUUAAAAUGGAAGAUGUUCGAACAGCAUGCAAGUUAAUCACUAAAAAUUGCUUUAUGGUGACUCUAGACAUAAAAGAUGCAUAUCUGACGGUCCCAAUACAUGAGACUCAUAGAAAAUACUUAAGGUUCGAGUUCAAAAAUGUAAUCUACGAGUUCCAGGUCCUCCCAUUCGGCUUAUGUACUGCUCCAUAUGUGUUUACAAAAAUCCUUAAGCCUGCAUUGAGCAAAUUGAGAAAAUCAGGCUACUUAUCAGUGAGCUACAUAGACGAUUUUCUUCUCAUUGGUGAAUCGGUAUCAGAGUGUGCUAAAAAUUUAAGCACUACGAAAGAGCUUCUAACUAAAUUGGGCUUCUUGAUCAACGAAGACAAGAGUGUACACACUCCUACCCAUCGGGUAGACUACUUGGGCUUUGCUCUUGAUUCAAAUAAACUUAUCAUUGAGCUCACCGACAAAAGGAAAUCAGAAAUCACAAAAAAAUUGAUAUCAUUCACGAAUAAAAAGCACUGUACAAUCCAAGAUUUUGCAUCAAUGACAGGAACACUAGUAGCAACGUGUCAAGCAGCUAAAUACGGCUGGCUGCACAUUAAAGAGCUUGAACGCGAAAUUUACUUAGCACUAAAAACGAACAACAAAAAGUACAGCACGAGCAUCACAGUAGCUGAGCCGAGCUUGCGCGAGCUGAAAUGGUGGACCAGCAACGUCACAAAGUUUUCAAAGUCCAUUGGAAAAAUUGUGUACCAUGCGACGCUCUUCUCGGAUGCCUCAAAAUCUGGCUGGGGGGCCUCUGAUGGUUCGAACAGAGUAUGGGGAACAUGGACUGAAAAAGAACGAGCAGAGCACAUAAAUCUGCUGGAACUUUUAGCCAUAAAAAACGCCCUUUUGAAGCUGGCUGCAGACAAGCUCAAUGUAAAUAUUCUGCUGAGAGUAGACAACACCACUGCUUUAUCUUAUAUUAAUAAGAUGGGGGGCAUACAACACCCUAAGUUGCUCUACUUAUCGCGCGAAAUAUGGCAGUGGGCAGAAAGAAGGAACAUAUAUUUGUUCGCAACCUACAUAAAAUCGAGCGAAAACAUUGAGGCAGAUUAUUUAUCCAGGAUAAACCCGGACACUGAAUGGAGCUUAUCGAACACGGUUUUUAAAAAUAUCACAGACGUACUUGGCCAGCCAGAAAUAGACUUAUUUGCUACAAAACACAACGCGAAGUGCAAAGUUUAUGUUUCAAGAUUCCCAGAAAGCGACGCAGUCGAAGUCGAUGCGUUCACUUUCUCGUGGGGGAGAAAGAGAUUUUAUGCUUUUCCUCCGUUCGCAAUCAUUCUCAAGGGGGAUGCAAAUACCUGCCACGAGUUUGAUUGCGGGGCUAGUCUCCGCAAGGCGUACGAGCUAAAAGGCGUUCCGCACGAGGCAAUUGACAUCAUGAUGGCAUCAAUAGCUCCAGCUACAUUCAAACAGUACAAAUCAGCAUUAAAAGAAUGGUUCAAUUUCUGCCAAGCUAACGAGGACACUAACUUUUUCAAUCCGUCAAGACACGCGGUACUAAGGUACCUUACAAAAAAAUUUUUAAAGGGGGUAUACAGAAAGAGACCAAGCACGACAAAAUAUAGCUCCACCUGGGACGUGUCAGUCGUCCUGGACUACCUUGGAAGAAUAGAUAUAAACAAACCUGACUUAACGUUGAAAGAAAUUACAGAUAAAACGGUUAUGCUAAUAGCCCUUGCGACGGCCCACAGAGCCCAAACAAUCGCGGCUAUCGACAUUAACAAUAUCAUAAUAUUGCCAUCUGGAGUAGAAAUACGAAUUACGAAGCUGAUCAAAACCUCAGGACCUGCCAAACCUCAACCCCGCUUGAAGCUACCGUACUAUCGAGAUAACACCGAUGUAUGCGUCGCAAGCUCUUUACUGAAAUAUCUCGAAAUCACAAAAGACCUCCGAGACAACGUCACAGGCUUGUUCAUCUCUUUGAAACAACCUGCAAAACCGGUAAAAUCACAAACAGUUAGCAAGUGGUUAAAAGGAGUCCUUCACGACAGUGGUGUAAACACCAACAUUUUCUCAGGCCACUCAGUGAGACACGCUGCAACCUCGCAAGCAUUCAGUAAAGGUAUAGAUAUCGAGACAAUAAGGGCAACAGCGGGAUGGGCAAAUGGCUCAGAAGUUUUUGCAAAGUUCUACAAUCGCCCCAUUCAAACAAAAGAUCACCAAUUUGCCAAUGCGGUGCUAGGCAAGCCGAACGCAUAA